GUGCCUAGUGUUCUGGCCUCACCUCCUCCCAAGCCUUCCUACCACUAGAGGACUGGGGUGUGUGAGUGUCAUUGGCUUGCCUUAAGUACACACACUGUGCAUCUAGUCCAGCCUCUAGGAGCACUGGCUGCCCAUGAGAGAUGAAAGAUGGCAUCCAAGGGAGCUGGCAUGUCUUUCUCCCGCAAGAGCUACAGGCUGACCUCAGAUGCUGAGAAAUCCAGGGUUACAGGCAUUGUGCAUGAGAAGCUGCUGAGUGAUUACCUGCACCGGGUCUUUUCCUCUCCUGACCAUGCAUCCCCUGCAGCCACCAGCAGGAAACCCCUGAACUUCCAGAACCUGCCAGAGCAUCUGGACCAGCUGCUACAGGUGGACAGUGAAGAUGAGGAAAGCCAGGGACAAGUUGAUGGGCGACUCGGCCCUUCCACUGUGGUCCUGGAUCACACAGGAGGCUUUGAGGGGCUUCUCCUGGUGGAUGAUGACCUUCUGGGGGUGAUUGGACACAGCAAUUUUGGCACUAUUCGCUCAACCACGUGUGUAUACAAAGGGAAGUGGCUCUACGAGGUGCUUAUCUCCUCCCAGGGGCUCAUGCAGAUUGGCUGGUGUACCAUCAACUGCCGCUUCAAUCAGGAGGAAGGGGUUGGAGAUACACACAACUCCUACGCCUAUGAUGGGAACCGGGUGCGCAAGUGGAACGUGACCACAACAAACUAUGGCAAGGCAUGGGCAGCAGGUGACAUCGUGAGCUGCCUGAUUGACUUGGAUGACGGUACUCUGUCCUUCUGCUUGAAUGGUGUUUCGCUGGGCACUGCCUUUGAGAAUUUGUCCAGGGGCCUAGGAAUGGCCUACUUCCCAGCCAUCAGCCUGUCUUUCAAGGAGUCCGUGGCAUUCAACUUUGGCAGCCGUCCUUUGCGCUACCCAGUUGCGGGCUUCCGGCCCCUGCAGGACCCUCCAUUUGCUGACCUGGUGCAGGCACAGAGGUUGCUGGGCUGCUUCCGUGCGGUGCUCAGCAUAGAGCUAGACCCUGUGGAAGGGCGCCUGGUGGAGAAGGAGAGCUCUGAAUGGCAAUUGCAAGGGCAGCCCACCAUCCUCCUCACGCUGGCCCACAUCUUCCAUCACUUUGCACCACUCCUGCGCAAGGUGUACUUGGUGGAGGCUGUACUCAUGAGCUUCCUGCUGGGCAUCGUGGAGAAGGGCACACCUGAACAGGCACAGUCUGCGGUGCACCAGAUCUUGGACCUCUUGUGGCUCUUCAUGGAGGACUACGAAGUGCAGGAUUGCCUCAAGCAGUUGAUGAUGUCUCUGCUGCGUCUGUACCGGUUCUCACCCAUCGUCCCAGACUUGGGUCUGCAGAUCCACUACCUGCGGCUCACUAUCUCCAUCCUGAGGCAUGAGAAGUCGCGCAAAUUUUUGCUGAGCAAUGUCCUCUUCGACAUGCUCCGGUCCGUGGUCUUCUUUUAUAUCAAGAGCCCCUUGCGUGUGGAGGAAGCCGGCCUGCAAGAGCUCAUUCCCACCACCUGGUGGCCCCACCGCUCCAGCAGAGAGGGUAAAGACAGUAAGGAGACAAGGGAGGAGACCAGCGAGGAGCGGCAACGGAGGCGGGCCUAUGAGAGGGGCUGCCAGAGGCUCAAGAAACGCAUUGAAGUGGUAGAAGAACUGCAGGUCCAGAUCCUGAAGCUGCUGUUAGACAAUAAAGAUGACAAUGGGGGUGAAGCUUCUAGGUACAUCUUCCUGACCAAGUUCCGGAAGUUUCUGCAGGAGAAUGCUAGUGGCCGGGGGAACCUGCCCAUGCUCUGUCCCCCUGAGUACAUGGUCUGCUUCUUACACCGACUCGUCUCUGCUCUCCGCUUCUAUUGGGAUGAAUACAAGGCUUCCAACCCUCAUGCUUCCUUCAGUGAAGAGGCAUAUAUCCCACCCCAGAUCUUCUAUAAUGGCAAAGUGGACUACUUUGACCUGCAGCGUCUUGGGGGCCUCCUCUCACACCUUCGGAAGACCCUCAAAGACGAUCUUGCCUCCAAAGCCAACAUUGUGAUUGACCCGCUGGAGCUCCAGGCAGCCACCAUGGAUGACCUGGAUGAAGAUGAGGAGCCAACCCCUACGGCUGCCCAGCGACCUGUGCAGGCCCUGGCCAUAGGAGGGGCACUACCUCUGCCCCGGCCUGGGUGGCUCAGUUCUCCAACCUUGGGCCGGGCUAACCGUUUCCUCAGUACAGCAGCUGUGAGCCUCAUGACCCCACGGCGGCCUCUGAGUACGUCGGAGAAAGUGAAGGUCCGCACACUGAGUGUGGAGCAGAGGACCCGUGAGGACAUUGAGGGAAACCACUGGAAUGAGGGCCUGCUGCUGGGGAGGCCUCCUGAGGAGCCUGAGCAGCCCCUCACUGAGAACUCACUGCUGGAAGUCUUGGACGGCACCAUCAUGAUGUACAACCUCAGUGUCCACCAGCAGCUGGGCAAGAUGGUAGGUGUGUCUGAUGAUGUCAAUGAGUAUGCGAUGGCUCUGAGAGACACAGAGGACAAGCUCCGCCGGUGCCCCAAGAGGAGGAAGGAUAUCCUUGCAGAGUUGACCAAGAGCCAGAAAGUGUUCUCAGAAAAGCUAGACCACCUGAGCCGUAGGCUUGCCUGGAUUCAUGCUACUGUCUAUUCCCAGGAAAAAAUGAUGGAUAUCUACUGGCUGCUGCGUGUGUGCCUACGGACCAUCGAGCAUGGGGACCGCACAGGGUCGCUCUUUGCCUUCAUGCCUGAAUUCUACCUGAGCGUGGCCAUCAACAGCUACAGUGCUCUCAAGAACUAUUUUGGUCCUGUGCACAGCAUGGAGGAGCUCCCAGGCUAUGAAGAGACCCUGACCCGCCUGGCUGCCAUCCUUGCCAAACACUUUGCUGACCCUCGCAUCGUAGGCACUGCAGACAUUCGAGAUUCACUGAUGCAGGCCCUGGCCAGCUAUGUGUGCUACCCACACUCCCUGAGGGCUGUGGAGAGGAUCCCUGAGGAGCAGCGUAUCGCCAUGGUGAAGAAUCUCCUGGCGCCCUAUGAGCAACGGCCCUGGGCUCAAACCAACUGGAUCCUGGUGCGGCUCUGGAGGGGCUGUGGGUUCGGCUAUCGCUACACACGGCUGCCACAUCUUCUGAAAACCAAACCAGAGGAUGCCAAUUUACCCAGCCUACAGAAGCCCUGCCCCUCCACCCUGCUGCAGCAGCACAUGGCAGACCUGCUGCGGCAGGGUCCUGAUGUAGCACCCAGCUUCCUCAACAGUGUCCUCAACCAACUCAACUGGGCCUUCUCUGAGUUCAUCGGCAUGAUCCAGGAGAUUCAGCAGGCUGCUGAACGCCUGGAACGAAAUUUUGUGGACAGCCGGCAGCUCAAGGUCUGUGCCACCUGCUUUGACCUCUCGGUCAGCUUGCUACGUGUCUUGGAAAUGACUAUCACACUGGUGCCUGAGAUAUUCCUUGACUGGUCCCGACCUACCUCUGAGAUGCUGCUACGGCGUCUUGCACAGCUGCUGAACCAGGUGCUGAAUCGAGUGACAGCUGAGAGGAACCUGUUUGACCGCGUGGUCACCCUGCGGCUGCCUGGCCUGGAGAGCGUGGACCAUUACCCCAUCCUGGUGGCAGUGACAGGCAUCCUGGUACGGCUCCUGGUGCAUGGUCCGGCCUCAGAGACCGAGCGGGCCACAUCGGUGCUCCUGGCUGACCCCUGCUUCCAGCUUCGUUCUAUAUGCUACCUUCUGGGCCAGCCGGAGCCCCCAGCACCUGGCACUGCCCUGGCUGCCCCUGACCGGAAACGUUUCUCCCUGCAGAGCUAUACGGAUUAUAUCAGCGCAGAGGAGCUGACCCAGGUGGAACAGAUGCUGGCACACCUGACUGCGGCAUCUGCCCAGGCAGCUGCUGCCUCCUUGCCCACCAGCGAAGAGGACCUCUGCCCAAUCUGCUAUGCCCACCCCAUCUCCGCUGUGUUCCAGCCCUGUGGUCACAAGUCCUGCAAAGCCUGCAUCAACCAGCACCUGAUGAACAACAAGGACUGCUUCUUCUGCAAAGCCACCAUCUUGUCUGUAGAGGACUGGGAUAAGGCGGCUAGUUCGAGUACCACCUCCUCAGCUGCCUAGGCUGGCCUAACACACACAACUUGCACCAUCGUGGAACUUCACCCCCAGGUGCAGAGCCAGCCUGAGCCUCUUUGGCCCCGUCCACCACCCACCACUCCAUCCAUCAUCGCUUGCAUGUAGCCUCACUGGUGGGAGCCCAGCCGUGGCCUUGCUCAUUGCCUGAGCUUGACUUCAGUCCAGGCUACAGUAAUCAUUAAAUUAUUAUUCCAAA